AUGGCAUCACGAAAUCGUGACAAGGGGCUAGAAAUCCCCAGUCCUACCGUGACACCUGCCGAUCCUAGUGACAGGGGUCCCCCAUCCCAGAAAGAGAGUCAAAGCCCAACGAGCCCCAUUUGGCAGGCAGCGAUCGAGAAGUAUUACAGCGAGCUGGCUAAAGGCGGCGUCAAAGCUUCCCUGAUCAACAAGGACCUGUGGAACAUUCAAGGCCCCGAUGAGCUUAUCGCUCAGAUUGAGGCCCUUGCCCCCGUGCAGAGCGUUCGAUCUAAUGCUUGGACAAAAGCCCUGACACAGUUAGGGCCAAUUCUCCUUGGCAUCAAUGACUUUGCCACUAUAAUUGCCUGGGGAAUGGGCAUGAACGGCAAAGUGGCAGCCAUCCUUUGGGGCUCUAUCCGGCUUAUCGUCAAGUUUGCCCAGCCUGUGCUGCCCGACAUUAUCGAAAUGCUGGAAAGUCUGCAGCACGCUCUGCCUCGUAUGCACAUGUACGAGCGAGAGCUCCCGAUGACAGAGGCCCUUGAGAAGGCAAUGUUCGACAUGUACAGCGAGAUUAUCGUCUUCUGCGCUCACGCCAUCGCCUUUUUCCGCAACAACCCCAACGUUAGCCGGAACCGACAUGCAUGGUCACAGUUUAGCCGAGACUUCGCCGAGGUCAUCAUCAAUGUCCAGAGGUACUCAAGACGUGUUGAUGAGGCAGCCGACAUGAUCAGACUCUCCAGGGAGACACACACAGCUGAGACUGUGGCAGCCUUGAACAAAGACUUGGCAGACCUCCAAAUUAACCAAGACGGGCCCAGUCAAGGCGCCAAGCUCCCAUGUUUCAUGAUCCCCUUCGGCCUCAACUUGCGUUUUCUAGGCCGUGACGAAGAGAUGAGACGCAUGCGAGAAGCUCUCGACCCCCCGGACGAGGCCAACGAAGGCACCUCGCCGAAACUUCGAGCCAUUGGGAUUCAUGGCCUUGGUGGUGUAGGAAAGUCACAAUUGGCUCUCCAUUACGCCAAUACAUCCAUGGAACGGUAUGAGAUUAUUGCGUGGAUUUCGGCCGAGACCCAGAUCAAGCUCGUCCAGACAUUGUCCGGCCUCGCCAACAAGCUUGGGCUGGUCGAAGGAUCCGGGGAAGAUGACUACCAAAACGUACAGAGAGUGCGAGACUGGCUGAAUUCCGCAAAGAAACCCUUUUUACUGAUCUUUGAUAACGUUGAUAAGAUCGAACUUCUGGACCAGAUAUGGCCUGCAAGCAACAAAGGCUCCAUCAUCAUCACCACCCGAUCCCCAUCCCAGGCAUCCAAAAGGACCACGAUAACACUAGCGGUUGAGUCCUUCUCUGCCGAGACCAGAACCAAUGUUUUGAAGUCCCUCACAGGAAUGGAGCCAAUGGGUCAGGAGGAAGUCGCCGCCGCUGCCGAGAUUUGCCGCCUUGUGGGAGGUCUGCCUUUGGCCAUGGUACAGAUUAGCGACUUCAUUCGGGACCGGGGCUAUUCCUACGGCGAGUUUCUGAAGGUGUACGAAAAGUCUGCAGAGAGGGUCUUUGCCAAGUCUGAACGUCCAGUUGAAUACGAUCACACGCUUCUCACGACAUUCGAAAUAUCCCUACAGAAGUUGUCAGAGGAAGCAGCCAGCUUAGCGAACCUCCUUGCUUGCUUUGACCCAGACCUCAUCCCUGAGCGCCUGCUGACAGAAACCAAAGCCGAAAUGGAUGGCACAGACUUUGAGUUUCUGUCUGACGACUUUGACUUCGGCGAUGCCGUUGCCGAGCUCACCCGAACAUCAAUGGUGAACAGGCUAACGAGUUCCAAAGCUCUGUCAAUGCACCGGCUGGUUCAGUUUGCUGUAUUUGUCCGACUCUCCAAGGCGGAUCGUAUCAAGUACUUUGACCUGGCGGUCAAUAUCUUGUACUUUGACUUUCCAAACACUUGGCAAGUCCGGGGCGCUCAUCAAGGCCAUGGCUGGGCGUCCUGGGAGACAUGCAGCGCCAUCCUGCCGCACGUCGGUUGGUUGAUGGCCUUGUCCGAGAAGCAUGAGGUCAAGUCUGGGAACACUACCAUGUGGGCAGAGUUAGUGUUCCGGGCCGGAACAUAUCUUUGGGAAAAGGAGUUACCAUCGCAGGCUCUGUCAUUCUUCGAGUUUGGGCUGCGAAUCGAUGAUGGACUCUCUGGUUCCAUCGCUGCACAAGCCCACCGGUUGCUGGGCCAUAUUUCCCUCGAUCUUUCCCAGCCGCGAGCCGGGUUGGCUGCAUACGAGCAAGCUCUCGCCCUGCGUGAGAAGCUUGAGGCCCCAGAAUCACCUCCUAUUGCGGAUGUUUGUGACUCGAUUGCGUGUGCCUACACCGAGGCUGGCAAUGUUGAAAGCGCGUUUUCCUACCUGGAGCGGGCCACGGCUAUUCACAACGCCUAUGAUCCGAGCAAAAUGUCACGCACUCUCGCGAUCCGCGCCAUGACGUGCCUGCGCGCCAGCCAAGCCGAGGAAGCUCUCGAUGCCAUCCGUGCAUGCUGGGGCCUCCAGAAAAUGACGCAGGAGCAAAUCGAGGCGUCCCGGUACCCUAAGCACAGUGGCGAUAUCAUGCUGCUCGCUCGCAUCUAUCGGCUCCAGGGAAAGAAGGCAGAGGCACGAGAGCUUGCGUCACGGACGAUUACUAUGCGCCGCGGUGUUUACGGAGAGAAAGGAGGGCCUCGAGUUGCGGAUUCGCUGUUUACUGUGGCACGCAUGCUCCAUGAGGAAGGCGAGCCAACGCUCGCAGCUAGACUUCUCCGCGAAGUCAUGGAGAUUAGUGGUGAUGCGCCUAGUAUGAGAACUCAUCUAGCGAGGGCUCUAUGGUUCUUAGCGGGCAUUGAGGACGAUAUCACCAAGGUCUCGAAAGAACUAAGAGAAGGUUCUGGAACGACACAGAACUCGACAGAGGAGAAGCUCACGGGCCCCGAAGAUAUGAGAGAACGUGCCAAGGCUGUUCGAAAUAGCAUCGAAGAUCGGGAAUGGGCGGACGAGGACAGUGAUGAGGGGUUCAUGAGGCUUGUUAGUUGGAUGCUCUGGUAA